AUGGUGGUGCUUAGAGAAUCUAGAGGUUGUCAACCCAUAUAUAAAUAUGCUGAUGAGGUUGUCACAUUUAAGUUUUUCCAUGGAGGUAAACUAGUUAAAAAUAGAAAGGACAGUGAAUGGUCUUAUUUAGGUGGUGAAGUCAGUUGGUUUGAUUGUGAGGUUGACUAUAUGUCCAUGUUAGAGCUAUUUGGAAUGGCUAAAGAUUUGGGAUAUAACGAUGGGUAUGAUGUGAGUUUUUAUGGUGAAGAGUUUGGAACUGGUAGACUCAUUCAAAUAAUAUCAGAUAGUACGCUUUUAGCUUGUAUGAGCACGGUACCUAAAAGCAAUAGCAGGGUGAUAGUUUUGUACUUGAAAGUAGUGAGUCUGACUUCAAGCCAAGUGGGGAAUGAUAGCAGUGGUCAAGAAUAUUCUUGUUCUGAGGAUGAUGAUAGCAGCGAUCCAGACUUUGAAGACAGUGACUAUGCAUAG